GAAGUACACUAUACUUGGAGAAAAUGGCGGCGGCGGCGAGAAUAAACUGCUCUUCCGUACAAAACACGCUCUGCUUUCUGAACCCAUUGCAGUGCUAUUCGCUCAAUUCCAAAGCUUCCCAUCUCAGGACCCACCUCCACUUUCGCCGGAAACUCCUAUCAUCAUCAUCUUCUCGCAGAGCUGUUUUCUGCACCACCGUGACCAACAUCAAUGGAGGCGAGGCAGAGGCAGAGCCUAUUGUUCUCACAACGCCGCUUUAUUACGUAAAUGCCCCUCCCCACAUGGGCAGUGCCUACACCACCAUCGCUGCCGACGCCAUUGCCCGCUUUCAGAGGCUUUUAGGGAACAAAGUUGUGUUUGUAACCGGCACGGAUGAGCACGGGGAGAAGAUUGCCGCUGCAGCUGCCGCUAAUGGUUCCAGUCCGAGGGAACAUUGUGAUGUCAUUUCACAGGCUUACAAGAAUCUUUGGAAAGAUUUGGACAUAGCUUAUGACAAGUUCAUCCGGACAACUGAUUCGAAGCACGAAGCAAUAGUGAAGGAGUUCUACUCGAGGGUUCUUGCCAAUGGAGACAUUUACCGAGCUGACUAUGAGGGACUUUAUUGUAUCAAUUGCGAAGAGUAUAAGGAUGAGAAAGAACUGCUUGGUAACAACUGUUGCCCUACGCACCUAAAGCCAUGUGUUCCACGGAAAGAGGAUAAUUACUUUUUUGCAUUGUCAAAGUAUGAAAGUUUUCUGGAGGACACUCUAACACAAAAUCCAGAUUUCGUGAAGCCUUCAUUUCGUCUAAAUGAGGUGCAAAGUUGGAUUAAAAGUGGCCUAAGGGACUUCUCCAUUUCCCGAGCAUCAGUGGAUUGGGGAAUCCCAGUUCCUAACGACAGCAAACAAACUAUAUAUGUUUGGUUUGAUGCUUUACUCGGUUAUAUAUCAGCCCUAUCAGAGGACACAGAGGAACCUAACUUAGAAAAUGCUAUUUCAUCGGGUUGGCCUGCCACACUACACUUGAUAGGGAAGGAUAUUUUACGCUUCCAUGCAGUUUAUUGGCCAGCGAUGUUAAUGUCUGCGAGACUAGACCUUCCCAAAAUGGUGUUUGGCCAUGGAUUCUUGACAAAGGAUGGUAUGAAGAUGGGAAAAUCACUAGGGAAUACAAUCGAACCGAAUGAUUUGGUCAAUAAAUUUGGCUCAGAUGCAGUCAGAUACUUCUUUCUGAGGGAGGUAGAAUUUGGUGGGGAUGGAGACUAUUCAGAAGACCGUUUUAUCAACACAGUGAAUGCACAUCUUGCUAACACUAUAGGAAAUCUGCUUAACCGUACUUUAGGACUUCUAAAGAAGAACUGUCAAUCAACUUUGGUUGUUGAUUCAAGUAUUGCAGCUGAAGGAACUAGAUUCGUGGAAGAUGUAGAAAAAUUGGUCAAAAAAGCUCGAGUUCAUUAUGAAAAUCUCUUACUAUCAUCUGCUUGUGAGGCUGUGCUAGAGAUUGGUAAUGCCGGAAAUCUGUACAUGGACGAGCGAGCACCAUGGUCCCUCUUUAGGCAAGGGGGUGCUGCUGCUGAAUCUGCUGCAAAGGACCUUGUAAUUAUAUUAGAAACCAUGAGGAUUAUAGCAAUUGCAUUAUCACCAGUGGCACCAAGUUUAUGUUGGAGAAUAUACUCACAGCUUGGCUUCACCAAGGACCAAUUUGAUGCUGUAACCUGGAGCGAGACCAAGUGGGGUGGGCUAAAGGGAGGUCAGGUAAUGGCACAACCUAAACCAGUAUUUGCUAGGAUUGAAAACCAAGCAGAAGCUGAAAAUGUGGUUGGAGCAGCUAAAAAGGUGGUUAAAAGAAAGUAGAAAUCACCUCAGGCUCAGCGGUCAGUUGAAGCCUAUAAGAAAUUCACACCUUAAGUAUUAUUUUUUCAUGUAAUGUGUUUAUAAAUAUCUUCAGUGUAAUCAUAUUAUAAUUUACUUGGUGAAAUAUCAGUUGGCAAGUGAUUAAAAUUUAAUGUGCGGUACCAAUGUUAUUUUGUUUGGCUGAAAAAUAGUACUAAAUUUAUACAA